AUGUGUGAUCAGCAGCAGAUUGAGUGUUGUGUGCCAGUGCCCCAGUGCUGUGUCAAGGGUUCCUCCUUUGGUCCUUCACAGUAUGCCUACGCCAACAACCAGGUCCUGGUCCAAGCUCCAUGCGGGAUGCAAGUUGUGGAAUAUGCUGCACCAUGCUCACUUCAAGUUUCCCAGACUCCAGGCCAAUCCAGUGGCACUGAAGUGAAGAGCCAGGCUCCAGGCUCAUCUAAGACCACAAAGGUUAAAUGUCAGGCUCCAUGCCAGUCAAAGACCACCCAGGUAAAAUGCCAGUCUAAGACCACUGAGGUAAAGUGCCAAGCUCCUUGCCAGGCUCAGGUUUCCUGUGUUCAGUGCCAGGCUCCAUGCCAGUCUCAGGUUUCCUACGUGCAAGUCCCACAGCCUCUUCCGACCUACUAUGUAGAAUGUGCUCCGGUGUAUUACACAGAAACGAGUUAUGUGGAGUAUCCGGUUUCAACCUAUGUGCCUGCUCCCGCUCCUCAGCCUGUUCACACUUAUGUAGAGUGUCCCUCAGUGGGCCAGGGUCAGGGAAGUUUCCCCACUCAGGGCCGGUACCAGGGCUCCUACGGCAGCUGUACCUCUCAGUCACAGUCACGGGGUUCUUACAGCAACUGUGGUCCACAGUCCCAGUACCAGGGCUCCUACGGCAGCUGUACCUCUCAAUCACAGUCACGGGGUUCUUACAGCAACUGUGGUCCACAGUCUCAGUCCCAGGGUUCCUACAGUCGCUGUGUGCCACAAUUCCAGUCUGGGCCCUCCUACACCAGCUGCGGCCCCCAGCGCCAGUCACAGGCUUCCUAUGGCGGCUGUGCCUCCCAAUUCCAAUCUCGAGGAUCCUAUAGCCACUGCUCCUCCCAGCGUCGGUCUGGGGCUUCGUUUAGCACCUGUGCACCACAAUGCCAGUCCCAGGGCUCCUAUGGAAGCUUCACUUCACAGCAGCGCCGGUCUCAGAGCACCAGCAGAUGCCUCCCUCCUCGUCAGCUGCAGCCUUCAUAUCGAAGCUGCUCUCCACCAAGACGUUCUGAGCCCUGUUAUAGCAGCUGCCUGCCAUCCCGAUGCUCUUCAGGCUCCUACAACUAUUGCACCCCACCCCGCCGCUCAGAGCCCAUCUAUGGCAGCCACUGUCCUCCUCGGGGCCGCCCUUCCAGCUGUUCUCAAAGAUGUGGACCCAAGUGCAGAGUAGAGAUUUCCUCACCCUGCUGCCCCAGACAGGUUCCCCCACAGAGGUGCCCUGUCCAGAUUCCUCCCAUCAGAGGUAGAUCCCAGAGUUGUGGCCGGCAACCCUCUUGGGGUGUCUCCUGCCCGGAUCUGAGACAGCCACAGCAAUUCCCAAGGUCUUGCGGCCCUCAGCGUCGUGCCUGGUCUCCAGAACCAUCAUGGCAGCGGUGUCCAGUUCCUGCACCACGUCCAUGUCCAGAGCCACAGCGUCGUGACCGGUCUCCAGAAUCAUCAUGGCAGAGGUGCCCAGUUCCUGCACCACGUCCAUGUCCACGUCCAGAGCCAUGCCCAAGUCCAGAACCCCGGCCAUGUCCUCCACUGCGGCGAUUUUCAGAACCAUGUCUAUAUCCAGAACCAUGUCCAGCUCCUCAACCAGCACCGCGACCAGCCCCACGUCCAAUGCCACGCCCACGCCCAGUUCACUGCGAGAAUCCAGAACCACGUCCACAACCACAGCCUUGUCCAUAUCCAGAGCCAAUGCCGCAUCCUGCGCGCUGCUCCAGCCCAGAGCCUUGUGGGGAACCCAUGCGCUGUACCAGUCCUUGCUCAGGCCCUAAUCCAGUUCCCUACCGCCAAGAACUAGGCUGUCAUGAAUCUAACCCGUGCCGCCUGGAUACUGAAGGCCCGAGCCCAUACAGCUGCAACCAGGGGCAAGAGAGUAACGACAACUGUGGACCUGAUGAUUCCUUUCCGGAGUCACAGGGUCCAGGUGGUUGUGGAGACCAAGGAAACACCCACGGAGGAGCGAAAGGAGGGGCUUAUGCUGGAGCAAAGGGCGCUUACUUUUAA